AUGCAGCUCAAACUCCUGGCCGUCACCCUUUCCGCGGCCCUUCCCAUGGUCAGCGCAUAUCCAAUCACGGGCACCACUGUCAACUGCCGCUCUGGCCCUUCCACCCACGACAAGGUCAUCAAGACAUAUAGCAAGGGCAAUGACAUCAAGAUCAGCUGCCAGGUUGCCGGAGAGACUGUCUCGGGCAAUAACCUCUGGGAUAAAACCCAAGACGGGUGCUACGUCUCCGACUACUAUGUCAAGACUGGCUCCAACGGCAUGGUCACCGGUCAAUGCGGCGGCGGCGGCGGCGGAGAUUCCUCGGUAGGCGGCAAGAUCACCCGCAAGGAGAUUAUGGACCGUGGCCAAUAUUGGGUAUCCAAGCACAUCCCCUACUCUAUGAAUAAGCAGUAUCCCGAUCCGCAGGGUAGAAACUACCGCACCGACUGCUCUGGUUUCGUAUCCAUGGCUCUGCAUGCCGCCUCUCCUGGAUACAGCACUGUGACGCUAGGCCAAAUUGCAAACCCAAUUUCCUACAGUGAUAUCAAGGCGGGUGACAUGGUGGGAACACUUGCUGCUGGCACUGGAGGUGCUGCCGGCCACGUCGUUCUCUUCCACUCGUGGACCGACUCCAGCCACAAGAAGUACAACACGCUCGAGUGCAAGGGGACCGAUGGCUGUGUUAAAUGGGUUCGCUCCGUUGGCUGGGGUGUCGGUUCUGUUACUGCGAAGCCUUAUCGGUACAAGAAUGUCGUCGACUAA